AUGGCAUCAGAGCGACAAGUGACUGCGGAUAAGAAGGCGGAAUUGCGUGAAGGAAGAUCAGAGCGAAAGAAAGCAUUGAAAGCCUUGAAGGCUGAUGUUGCUGCUGGCCGUGCUAGUUCGUUGAACUCCGCUGCUAGCAUCGCAGCUCCUCCUAAAGAGCAUCCAAAGCAGCAUUACCACGUCAAGAAGAAGAGGUAUAUUCGGAAGUGGCAGAAGCAGGUAUUCAAGUCGUGGAGACCGGAAGCAUGGAGUGGGGAGGCUACAUAUCGUCGCUGGGUCAGAGAACAAGAGCGUGUCACUGAAGCACCAGCAGCAUUCGAAUUGGACGGCGAGGAUGGUUGGGAGGCAGGGGAUGGUUGGGAUGACCAUGAAUUCGAAGUUGAGACAGAUGUGGAGGAUGAAUUGGUCUGUUAUGAGGAGGAAGUAGAGUGCAUCAUUGAGGUGGAUGAAGAUGGGAAGGAGAUAUGUGUGAUUGAAGCACCUGGUGAGGAUGAUGUCGUGAUCUCACUUUCACAUGGCGGUAUUGUAAAGGAGUUUUGUAGCCCAGUCAAAUCCGGCGGAGAAUGGACUGUCGAUUUAGCUGUGUGUCAACAACAAGACGAUCACAUAUCCUGCGGUCUUGCUGUAUUAAGAGCUGUGGAGACUCUUCGAUGGGGAGUUCAUUCCACCGUUUGGAACUGCCCCCGAGUACUUGAGGUCAAGAUAUCUCCACAUGCUCAUUAG